UCUACUGUCUGUCCGUGUGUAGUGCCUGAAGCAAAUUCGAGCGCGCCUGUGUGCAUGUGUUGAGCGGCGCACGUUGUUUUUCGUAAUAAUCUAACCCCGUACCAUAAUAUAAUCAACAUGUCAUUCCGUGGUCGUGGAGGUGGUCGUGGAGGUGGUGGUGGCGGAUUUGGUCGUGGUGGCCGCGGUGGUGGUUUCCGAGGAGGUAGAGGAGGUGGUGGAGAUCGCAGAAGCAACAAUUACGAUCAAGGACCUCCAGAACAUGUGACUCCAUUGGGUCAUUUCACAUGGACAGUUGAAAAUGACUUGGUUGCCAAAGUUGACAUUGAGGAUGUUCCAUACUUCAAUGCUCCAAUCUAUUUAGAAAAUAAAGAGCAAGUUGGAAAAAUUGAUGAAAUUUUUGGCAAUAUUAAGGACUACUAUGUAUCUAUUAAAUUGAGCGAUCAUUGCAAAGCUGAUAGUUUUGCAAAAGACACACAGCUCUACAUCGACCCAGCAAAGCUUUUGCCACUACAAAGGUUCUUACCAAAACCCGCGGGUAGCGUACAAAAACGCGGAGGCGGCCGAGGAGGACGUGGAGGCGGCGGUCGUGGCGGACCCCGUGGUGGCGGUGGCUUCGGUGGCCGCGGAGGCGGAGGCCGAGGUGGUGGUUUCGGUCGUGGAGGUGGCGGCGGCGGUUUCAACAACAGUUUCGGCCGCGGAGGUGGCGGACGUGGUGGCGGCGGCGGUGGCGGAUUCAGAGGAGGCCGUGGAAACGGUGGCGGUGGCGGCGGAGGCGGUGGUGGCUUCCGAGGACGAGGAAGGUGGUAGUGCCUUGUUGACAAGAGUGUAUAUUUAUAAGACUAGGUUUAUAAUUACCAUAGCUGUUUUGUAAAAAAUAAAAUUAUACUAUUAAAUAUAGGAAUUUUUAAUUAUAUAAA